GGAAGAGGGGGACAUGAGGCCAGUUUUGCCUCUCGCUACCGUUACUGCUGCAAAUGUGUGCCCAGAAGGGUUAGCUGGAUACCUAAAGAGGACUACUGUUUGUUGAAGCAGUUAGGAUCCUGCUGCUGUCUUGUUGUUGAGCAGCAAUACCCUGAGAAGGAGACAAAAAGAGGUAAGAUCUUUAGUUUGCAGGACGAUAUACCAUGUUGGUGUGCAUUUUAAAUGAUCAGAAUUAGGAAACUAAAGUGUGGUCAGUUUGAGGUGUCUAAGUGGUAUCUACAGCCACAGAGAAAUGGACGGGACACAAGUGAAGAAAGAGAAGACAGAAGAGGAGGUGGUGCACCUUCGGAGAGAGAUCGGGCUGCUGCCUGCCGUGUCUUUCAUCAUCGGCACGGUUGUGGGCAGUGGGAUUUUCAUCGCACCAAAGGGGGUCCUAAUAAACAGUGGCAGCGUGGGGCUCUCUCUGCUGGUCUGGGCACUGUGUGGGGUCCUCUCCUUGUUUGGGGCCCUGUGUUAUGCUGAACUGGGCACCAGCUUCACAAAAUCAGGGGGCCACUACACUUACCUGCUGGAGACACUGGGACCACUGCCUGCUUUUUUACGACUCUGGGUUGAGUUCUUUUUCAUCAGGCCGGCUGUGGCUUCCUAUGUGGCCCUGGCGUUUGGCCGCUAUGUGGUGGAGCCGUUCUUUGCACCGUGCGAUCCUCCCAUAGUACUGAUCAGACUUGUCAGCAUCCUGGGAUUGACGUUUGUCGUGGUGGUGAACUGCUGGAGUGUGACCAUGGCCUCCCGCACUCAGGUCACCUUGACUUUUAUCAAGAUGUUUGCUCUGGUCCUCAUCAUUGUCCCUGGUGUCAUUGCACUGGCCAAAGGAAAAACUGAGAACUUCCAGAAUGGCUUUGAAGUUGAGUCCAUAACACUGGAUAGGUUGCCACUGGCCUUCUAUAAUGGCCUAUAUGCUUACGGUGGAUGGUUUUAUCUGAACUUUGUCACAGAAGAGGUCAUAAACCCAAACAGAAACAUCCCGCUGGCAAUAAUCUGCUCCAUGGUGAUGGUGACGGUCUGUUAUGUGCUUGUAAACGUGGCCUAUUACACCAUGAUGACUCCUGCUGAGCUGCUGCUGUCUGAGGCUGUGGCUGUGACGUUUGCGAACCGUGCGCUCCAGGGAAUGGCCUCUGUGAUUCCCUUUCUUGUUGCUCUUUCCUGCCUUGGAGCGCUUAACGGUGGUUUCUUUGGGGCACCGAGGAUGCUGUUUGUGGGAGCCAGGGAGGGUCACUGGCCUCCAAUCUUUUCCAUGAUUCACAUCCGCAGACACACGCCUUUGCCUGCUGUGCUGUUAUUGUACCCCUUGGUGGUAGUGAUGUUGACGACAGGAGAGAUCUACCAGCUCAUCAACUUUGCCUCCUUUUCUCGCUGGUUCUUCAUUGCCUUAGCAACCCUGGGGAUGCUCAUCCAUCGAUAUCGCUACCCCCUCCACCCAAGACCUUUCAAGGUGCCACUGGUCAUCGCGGUCACAUUCACCGUGGUCUGCUUCUUCAUCGUGGGUCUGUCUCUGUACUCGGACCCCUGGAACACAGGGAUCAGCUGUGCUCUCACCCUGACCGGGGUCCCAGUUUACUAUCUGACCGUAUACCGCUACCGCCUGCCCCAUUCAUGGAGACGCAUCUUCGACUACUUGAGCAAGCAGCUGCAGAUACUUUUGGAAGUGGCUCAGCAGGAAGUGCAAACAUACUGAAGGCCGUUCUCUUCUGAAUUCCGCAUUAAGAAGUCCCAGAGUACUUUUUUGUUAAGUGUUUGAACAUUUGUUUUAGGUGUCCAUUUUGAUAUGAAAAUAACUGUGAUAUGCUGAUUUGAGAUAACUAUUAAAACUACAAAUGAAA